AAUGCAAUAGGAAGCGAAUGACUAAAUUUUAGGAGGUUUUGAAAAAUUGGAAAUUCCGAAGCAAGAAAGUAUGUGUUUGGAUGUGUAAUGUUGUAAAAACCAACUUGUUGCUUAGAUAUUUAAAAACAAUAAAAUAGUUAUUUAUAAUUAUAAGACUAAUACUUCUUUUGAAUUAGAGAGUGACAAAUUAUUAUAUAGCUGCACUUUCAGUCAUCAUGAUAGCUUCAAUCGGAAUUAACUUUACCUUUUUGGAUAAUCCAUAUAAAUAUUAGAUAUGGAAAAAUAAAUAAUUAGUCAUUAAAUAAACACUGAAUUUACUUAUUGCGGAGAUAGCAAUAUUUGGAAUGAAGUGUGUGCAGCCAAUGAAAAAACUAUAUUGUUUUGGGAUAUUCGUUAAAAAUUACCAUUUAAUUGCAUUCUGGCACAUUCAAUGCAAAUAACAUAAUGCAAAUAUAAUGAGACUGGAAGAUAUGUUACAACAACUGGUUUAGACAAUGUGUAAAAAGUGAAAUAUAUUAAAAGUGUGCCCGUGUAUUUGAUUCUUAUGGGACAGAUUCUUUGGUGACAAUAUGUGGAAGCAAGAAGACUCACACAACAUCCAGUUAAUUCACAAAAGAUUCUAGACAUUUGAUAGUAUCAACUUUAGAAUAACCAUUGGGAUUAUGGGAUUGGGUGGAAUGCAAUUAAGUAGCCCAAUAUAAGAUCUAAUUUUAAAAUAGAUUUUUUAUUAGACCUAUUAUUGUUUAUGAUGAUAAGGAUAUACCCAAAGUUAUUUUAUAUCCAAAUGACAAUAAUCAGAUUUAUUAGUUUAAUUUUCUAAAACCUGAUGAAAAACCUUUGAUUUAAUCGUAAGAAUAUGAAACAAUAUAUAGAUUGGAUUAAUUUGGUAAUGAGAUUCCAAUAAGAUUAAUAAAGAAUGAUGAGGACUAUUUUAUAUUUGGAAAGAAUGAGAUCAUAAAAUGUAAAUAUAAAUUUUGA